AUGUCAAUUAAAAAUUUAUAAGAAUUCGAACAAAAAGAAGAGUAUUAAGAAGAUGAACCAUCAGAAAUUAUAGAGUAAAAUGGAUUAAGAGAAUUAUUAUAAAAUGAAGGUAUCUUUAAAAUCAACUGUAAAAAUUAGAAUAAUAUAUACAUCAAAUCAAUUAAUACAAUGAAUAAAGUGUUCUAAAAAUUAAAUAAUAAAGAUAUUAGGAUGCCAUAUAAUUACUAUAUUAAUCAGAAAAGAUGUUAGAAGUAAUAUCAGUAGAUAAAAUAUAAUAGUAUGCUAUAAAUUGUGGUAAAUAAAUGGAUAAGAAUCUAAUUAUUGUAAUACUUUAUAAUUAGGCAUGCAGUUAUCACUGGUAAGGAUUAGAAUUUAUUAAUAAAGUUAAUGGGUUUUACAUAAAUGCUCAAAUUAUUUGACUGGAGUUAUAUACAAUUUGAAUGAAAGUAUGAAUGAUCAAAACGUAAAUUAAUAUAAUGAUGCAACUUAAGUUAAAAUAAAAUCAUUCCUUGCAAGAGCUUCAUUAUAACAUACUGCUAUAUUAAGUUAAUUAGGAAAGUAAUAAAAAAUUAAAUAAUUAGACAUUAAUAAGCUUUAUAAUCAGCAAGAAAAGCAGCAGAAACUAUGAGAUAAGUAUUUUAAUUAGCAUCCAAAUUUUGUAAAGAUUGGUUUAAUUAAAAUGAAUCUUUAGAAUCAGUAACAAUCAAUAAUACAUGUUUGAAUAAUAAAUCAAAAUAAAAAUAUAAUAAAUUUUAAAUGAAAGAUGAAGUUGAAUUUAGUAGAUUAGUAAUAAAUUCAGGAAAGGAUAUAUUAUAAGAUAUGUUGAAUUAUUAAGAUUUAGAUAAUAUAUCUAAUGAUGAACAAUUAAUAUUGAGAGAGGCUAAAAAGUAAUUAUAUUUCUGGAAAAAUAAUCCUUAAAAUAAUGAAAAACAUAUUCGUAAAGAAUUAAAAUUAAAUAAUAAAGAAGAUGAUUAUCGUUCAAUCUUAGGAGUUUAAAAUGUUGAAGAAUGGAUUUAAUCAUUUAAUAUUAGUGUUAUUAUGCAUAUGACUCCAUUAAUUUAUAGUGAAUUUAUAUAAUAAGGAGAAAUGUUAUAUGAAAUUUCCAAAAGAUUAUUAUUGGAAAAAAUCAUUUAAUUAUCAAUCUCAUAUUUUACUAUUGCAACUGAAUUAAGAUUUAUAGAAUUAGAAAAAGCAAAAUUAUAAGGAAUUAAAGAUAUUAAUACUGAAGAAUUUAAAUUAAGUGAAUUAUAUCAUCUUAAAGCUAUUGAAAUAGCAUGUAAACAUAUAGCUUGUUCAUCUCAAUAUAUUAAUCAUCUCAUUACUACUUAUCAUAAACAUUAUAAUUCUAAUUUAGAUACUAUUUAAGAAGAAUCAAUUACUUCAAUGGUAUCUGAAUUUAAUUAUAAAGAAUUAAAAUUGUAAAAAUUGAAAUAAAUUCAAAUUCAAACUUAAAGAGAAAAUUAAUUAUUAUUAUAAAAUAUAACUUAUCAAAAACUAAAAGAUUUUUCUCCUACUGAAAGAUUAGUUUAUUCAUUUCAAGAUCAAUAAUCCUCAUUUAAAAAUAAUAGAAAUAUAAGUGAUAAUAUUAAAACUUAAGCUAAUAUGCUUGAUCAAAUCAUUUAUAACAAAAAAAAAUAAUAAAUACCUAUUGGUAUAACUUCAAAAUAAAAAUUCAAAUUUAUGAAUGCAACUACUAAUAAUAGUUGUGAAAGACUCAAUGAAAAGAUGUUAAAACUUUAGGAUGGUCUACCUAUUCAAUUAUAACCAAUUAAAUCAGCUAGAACAACAUUAAAUCAUUUAAUUAAAUAAGUUCCUCUUAAUUAAUUAAAUAAUAAUGGAUUAUAAUAGUCAUUCUUAAUUGAAAGUUCCAGAUUAGAUAGAUAAAAAUUUGCAUAAAAUUACUCUCCUAAAAUUGAAGGAAGAACUCCAAAAAAAUCUCCAGAUAAAUCCUUUUUGAAUUAUUAACCUAGAAGUUCAUUCCUUUCAAAUAAAACUCCUUAACCUAUACCUAAGUUAGAAAAUGAAACAAGUAAUAUAAUAAUAUAAAUUAUAGAAUUUUCAAUAAAAUUGGACAUUUUUUAAUAGCUAUAGAUUGGUAAAUCAUAGUAUAAAUAAAAAAGAAAAUGA